AUGGCAGCUGAAGUCCAAUCUCUCUCCACUCCCCUCCUCCCCUCCGACCACCAAACGCCCCACGUCACACUCACCGUCACCGACCCGCCCGAAAGCCCCCAACCCGGGUCCCCGCGUGGCGGCGGCGACUGCCGGACCCCGUUUCAAUUGGGCGAUGAGGGCCGCCACAACCCAUUCGCGUUCAUCGGGGCGGAAAGCGGGUUCGAGGUUCCCGGAUCCAGCACCAUCGACCCGUUCCGGAACCACACGCCGGACAUCGAGGGUUUAUACGAGUGGUUGAAGAUUGUGAUCUGCCUGCCGAUUGCCGUGGUCCGGCUCCUGCUCUUCGGGCUGGCUUUGUCGCUCGGGUACCUGGCCACCCUCGCGGCGUUGCACGGGUGGAAGGACAGGCAGAACCCGAUGCCUAAGUGGCGGUGCCGGCUCAUGUGGGUUACCCGUAUAUGUGCCCGCGCAAUCCUCUUCUCCUUUGGCUACCACUGGAUUAAAAGAAGAGGAAAACCUGCUCCGAGGGAGAUAUCUCCUAUAGUUGUAUCUAAUCAUGUAUCAUAUAUUGAUCCUAUUUUCUUUUUCUUUGAAUUAUUUCCUACUAUUGUCUCGGCUGAGUCGCAUGACUCUAUGCCUUUCGUUGGGACCAUCAUCAGAGCAAUGCAGGUUAUAUAUGUUGAUAGGUUCUCAAGGUCAUCUAGAAAGCAUGCUGUAAGUGAAAUAAAGAGAAAAGCUUCUUCCAACCAUUUUCCUCGAGUGCUUUUAUUUCCCGAAGGAACAACGAGCAAUGGAAGAGUUCUCAUUUCUUUUCAACUUGGUGCAUUCAUCCCUGGUUAUCCGGUUCAGCCAGUUAUUGUCCGUUAUCCCUAUGUACACUUUGACCAAUCAUGGGGGAACAUUGCACUUGCAAAAUUAAUGUUCAGAAUGUUUUUGCAGUUCCACAAUUUCAUGGAGGUCGAGUAUCUUCCUGUCGUAUAUCCUAAUGAAAAUCGGAAAGAAAAUGCAAGCCAUUUUGCUCAGAGGACUGCUCAUGUCAUGGCAAGUGCUCUUAAUGUGGUGCAGACAUCUCACUCCUAUGGGGACUUUAUGCUUGUUGGAAAGGCAGCUGAAUCAAAGCAGGAAAAUCCAUCGCGGUAUAUGGUUGGAAUGGCCUGGGUACAGUCAGCACUCAAUUUGAAGGCACUGGAAGCUGUCGAUUUGUUAGAGAUAUUUCUGUCAAUGAAUCCAGAUGCCAGUGGACAUGUUGAAUAUCAUGGUUUUCUGAGAGCUCUAAGAUUGAAACCUUGCGGUAUUUCUGAAAAGAUGUUUGGAUUCGUUGAUGUGCAGAGGAUUGGUAAGAUAACAUUUAAACAUUUCUUGGUUGGCUCCGCGCAAAUCUUGAAGCAGCCACUAUUUUGCCAUGCCUGUGAAGUAGCAUUUAACGAAUGCGACAUGGGAGGAAAGAAUUACAUCGUGGCUCAAGAGUUGCAAGAUGCAGUGUCUCUAUCCAUUCCAAAUAUGAACUGUGAUGAGGUCCAGGGACUGUUUAGUCUUUUCGAUGAGGACAAUGAUGGGAAGAUUUGCAGGGAAGAUUUCAGAUCAUGUUUGAGAAGACAUCCAUUGCUCAUAGCUCUCUUUGAACCUAAAUUGCUGCACAGAGAUCCACCUAUAGCUGCUGAUCAAAGUUUAGUCCAAGUCAUAUAA